AUGAUAUUCCAGUCUGCCGCGCACCACGCCAACUUCGUGCGCGCCGACGAUGUUCUUCCACUUCUGAUUCCCCUACAAAAACAGGGCUUCACCUUCUCCCCCAAAUCCCCUCUCAGAUGGACCAUAUCCAGAAGAAAAUGUCGAUCCGCUUCGCCCGAUCCCUCUCCUUCCCCAUUCCCACUUCCUCCGAAUCUCACCCCACCUACCAAACCCGAUCCAUUAGCCUUCCGCCUCGUCUCCACCAUCGUCGCCCAAAUCGAGAACCAGAUCGAAUCCCUCCAAUCCUGGCAGCAAAACCCUAUCUCCUCUGCUUCCAGCAUGACUAACUCCCUCUCAUGGAUCGCCGAUGGCCUCUCCCGCAUCGACCGCCUCCACUCCUCCUUCUCCGAUCUGCUCCACCAUCCCCAAUCCCAAAACCCUACCCCUCUCCGCUUCCGCAGCUCCAUCUGGCUCGAUCGCCUCCUCGAAGACUCCCUCCGAUUCGCAGACGAGCACGGCGGCUUUCGAUCUGCGAUCAUCGCCUGGAAUCAGCAGCUCUGCCGUACCGCGGUACGCCGGCGAGAUGAUGCGGCCAUGGCUUCCGCCUCCCGCGAACAGAGGAAGACGGAGAAGCAGCUGCUGAAGUUGGCCGCCGAAGCGAGGAGCAUUGGGCGGUCGGGUGGUGCGGGGCUCGCGUCGGGGGAUGCGGAGUUGGCCGGCGUUGUCUAUGAGGUGACAAUGGCGACUGCCGCAGCAUCGGCGGCCGUGUUCGCCGGCAUAGCUAUGCUCGCAUCUGCAGCGGUGGCGGGGUUGUCGACGGCCGGUUUGUCGCCGAAAUGCGUGGUGGGGGCGAUGCUGUGGAGGUCGGCGGCGUUCAAGAAGAGGGUCGAGGAGGAAGGUGAGAGGUGGAGGGAGAAGGCCAUGGAGAAAAUGGAGGCUGUGGAGAACUCCAUUUCUGAAUUGGAGGUUUGGAGCCACAGAGUUUUUCGCAGAAUGUUGAACACUAGAGUCUUCCUUCUCAAUGCUCAAACCCCCGCACUUGAAAAUGAGAGAUUUUAAAGGAACUAGCCUGUGCACGGAGACUGCUGAG